AUGUCAUAUAUUAAACCACUGGCCGUGUUUGAGAGCAUCAAAUCCAAGCUGCGUUGUGGAGAGAGACGUGACUAUCGUGGAUCCUCUGGGGGGCCUCAACAACCUCAUGAUGCCGACGAGGCAGACAAGAGUCUCUCCACGUCAAAACACCAGCAGAGAACCACAGGGAAGAAAUCUCAUUGCUGCUCUGACUGUGGGAAAGGUUGCACAUCUUCAUCAGAACUUAAAAUACACCAGAGAACACACACAGGAGAGAAACCUUAUAGUUGUAAUCAUUGUGAGAAGAAUUUUCCUACAUCUAGCCAGCUGACUUCACACCAGAGAACACACACAGGAGAGAAACCUUAUAGCUGUGAUCAAUGUGAGAAGAGUUUUACUACAUCAAGCCAUCUGACUGUACACCAGAGAAAACACACAGGAGAGAAACCUUAUAGUUGUAAUCAUUGUGAGAAGAGUUUUCCUACAUCUAGCCAGCUGACUUCACACCGGAGAACACACACAGGAGAGAAACCUUAUAGCUGUGAUCAAUGUGAGAAGAGUUUUUAUACGUCAAGCCAUCUGACUGUACACAAGAGAACACACACAGGAGAGAAACCUUAUAGUUGUAAUCAUUGUGAGAAGAGUUUUCCUACAUCUAGCCAGAUGAAUUCACACCAGAGAACACACACAGGAGAGAAACCUCAUAGCUGUGAUCAAUGUGAGAAGAGUUUUACUACAUCAAGCCAUCUGACUGUACACCAGAGAACACACACAGGAGAGAAACCUUUUAGCUGCGAUCAAUGUGAGAAGAGUUUUACGACAUCACGCCAUCUGACUGUACACCAGAGAACACACACAGGAGAGAAACCUUAUAGCUGUGAUCAUUGUGAGAAGAGUUUUACCACAUCUAGCCAGCUGACUUCACACCAGAGAACACACACAGGAGAGAAACCCCAUAGCUGUGAUCAAUGUGACAAGAGAUACUCUGAGAAAAGAUCUCUGAUCAAACAUCAGAAAAUGCAUACAUGAAGAAGUUGUUUCAUGAUAUCAAUGAAUUAAUGUCACAAUGUAGAAUGUUUUAACAUUGUAGUAGGAGUAUUUUAAUGAUGUCACAAUGUAGAAUGUUUUAACAUUGUAGUAGGAGUAUUUUAAUGAUGUCACAAUGUAGAAUGUUUUA